CACUACUUCAGCUGGUUUGUGAACCUGUUUCUCUAGAUGUCGUACGACUUUUAUAUCAUUCCAUAAGAGACAAGUAUUUGUGUCCCCGCAUCCUCAGCCUGCCAGUCUGCGGUUCGUCACAGUCUGAUGACCCCUUCCAGGGGUGAAGCUGCAGAGCAAUGAAGACAGGCUCUCAGAUCCGCCUGUUACUGUGGAAAAACUGGACCCUCCGCAAGAGGCAGAAGGUUCGCUUCCUGGUUGAAAUCUGUUGGCCGGUGUUGUUAUUCAUUGGGUUGGUGUGGCUGAGGAAGGCCAAUCCGCUGUACCAGCAACAUGAAUGUCAUUUCCCGAACAAGGCCAUGCCGUCAGCAGGGAUUCUGCCCUGGAUCCAGGGAAUCUUCUGCAACGUCAACAACCCCUGCUUCAGGUAUCCAACCAGAGGAGAGUCUCCAGGCGUUGUCUCAAACUACAACAACUCAGUAUUGGCAAGGUUCUACGUUGAUGUCCAGGAGCUUCUGCUCGAAGAGACGGAGGUCCAGCAGCUCGGCCGUCUUUGGCAUGAAAUAUCGUCCUUCUCAAACUUCAUGGAAACGUUACGCAACAACCCGUCUAUGGUGUUAGGCCGUGGGCUGAAGAUAGAUGAUAUUCUGAAGGAUGACGAGGUUUUCACGGCCUUCCUUUUGCGAAACGCCGGCCUCUCUGAGUCCGUCGUCUACCAACUCGUCAAUGCAGAAAUACGACUCGAACAGUUUGCGUUUGGUAUCCCAGACCUGCAGCUGAAGGACAUCGCCUGCAGCCAGGCCCUGCUGGAGCGCUUCAUCAUCUUCCCCAGUCGCCUGGGGCUCCACGGGGUCCGCAACGCCAUGUGUGCCCUCAGCCAGCAGAGGCUGCAGAGGAUAGAGGACAUCCUCUAUGCUAAUCUGGACUUCUUCAAAAUCUUCCAACUGAUGCCUCAGGUUAUGGACAGCAGCUCCAAGGGGAUUGACCUGCACUACUGGGGUCGGGUUCUUAAGACGACCUCGGAGAAGAUCCAAGUUCUGAUGGAGCGGGAGAGCUCUCAGGAUCUCCUGAAGGUGGUUUCCUCUCUGUUUCAAAGCGGGGGUCCCCCCACGUUCUCCCAGGUGAUGUCCAGCGUGUCGAGCCUCUUCUGUGGAUACCCGGAGGGGGGCGGCUCCAGGGUCCUGUCCUUCAACUGGUACGAGGACAACAACUACAAGGUGUUUCUGGGGGUCAAUGGCACCAAGUACCGCAACUAUGUCUACGACGACUCUGCCACUCCGUCCUGCAACGAGCUGAUGGAGACCCUGGAGUCCAACCCUAUCACAAAAAUCGUGUGGAAUUCAGUGAAGCCCCUGCUGAUGGGAAAGAUCCUUUACACCCCCGACUCCCCUGCCGUCCACAAGAUAUUAAAGAGCGCCAACACGACAUUCGAGGAAUUGGAGAGGUUGCAGAAUAUAGCCAAGGCCUGGGAGGAGUUGGGACCUCAGCUCUGGGCUUUCUUCGACACCAGCGUACAGAUGAACAUGAUCAGAGACACCCUGGGAAACCCUACAGUGAGGGACUUCAUGGACAACAGCCUGCAGGACACUGAAUUCAACACCAAGCACGUUCUGAACUUCCUUUACAACGGUCCAGAGGAGAACAGGGAGACGGACAUGCCCGACUUUGACUGGAGGAACGUUUUUAACCUCACCGACCAGCUCAUACGCAUGUUCAACAAGUACGGAGAGUGCAUCAAUCUGGAUAAGUUUGUGGCGUACACGGACGAGUCCCAGAUGACCCUCCAGGCCUUGUACCUGCUCGAGGAGAGCAAGUUUUGGGCCGGCGUGGUCUUCAUGGACAUGUAUCCCUGGACCAAAAGCGUACCCCCGCAUGUCAAGUACAAGAUCCGCAUGGACAUCGACGCCGUGGAGCGCACCAACAAGAUCAAAGACAGGUACUGGGACCCCGGCCCCAGAGCGGACACCAUGGAGGACCUGAGGUACAUCUGGGGAGGCUUUGCCUACCUGCAGGACAUGAUCGAACACGGCAUCCUCAAGCUUCACACAGGAAAGGACUGGCCGCUCGGGGUCUACGUGCAGCAGAUGCCAUAUCCCUGCUACGUAGACGACCUCUUCAUGAUCACACUGAACCGCUGCUUCCCCAUGUUCAUGGUGCUGGCCUGGAUCUACUCUGUGUCCAUGACUGUGAAGAGCAUUGUGCUGGAGAAGGAGCUGCGCCUUAAGGAGACUCUCAAAACCAUGGGGGUCGACAACGGAGUCAUUUGGUACACGUGUUUCAUCGACAGCUUCGUCAUGAUGACUGCAAGCACUGCGCUGCUCACCUCCAUUAUCAUGGGUGGAAAGGUGCUAAAUUACAGCAACCCCGUCCUUGUCUUCUUUUUCCUGCUGACUUUCACCGUCGCCACGAUCAUGCAGUGUUUCCUGAUGAGCGUGUUCUUCAACAAGGCCAACCUGGCGGCCGCCUGCAGCGGCAUCAUCUACUUCACCCUCUAUCUGCCGCAUGUCCUCUGCUUUGCCUGGCAGGACCGCAUCACCACCAACAUGAAAAUGGCUGCUAGCUUGUUGUCUCCAGUGGCCUUUGGCUUCGGGACAGAGUACCUGUCGCGGUAUGAGGAGCAGGGUUUGGGUCUGCAGUGGGACAACAUCAUGACCAGCCCGUUGGAGAAAGACACCUACUCCUUCCUCACCUCCAUCCUCAUGAUGGUUUUUGAUUCUGUCCUUUACGCCGUCCUGGCCUGGUAUCUGGAUAACGUCUUCCCAGGACAGUACGGCAUCGGUCGACCAUUCUACUUCCCAUUCCAGUCCUCAUACUGGCAACUAGCUGCAACCUCACACACAGAAAUGGCUUAUGAAGAUCCUGGGAAACUGGAGCCAGACCACGUGGAGCAGGACGUCGAGAGCAGGGCCUCGCCGGUGACGUACACAUGUAAUGGUUCAGGCAUAAGGAAAGCUUGUAAGCACCAGAGUAAGAGGGAUAAACAGGAGAGAGAGAGGGAGCUGCUGAAGCGACAAGAGGAAACUCAAAACCAGGUGGAGGAGGAGUGUCCGGACUCAGGGACGGAAGGUCAGAUGUUCUUUGAGCCCGACCCAUUGGGCCUGGUGAUGGGGGUGCAGAUUCAGGACCUGGUGAUGGUGUUCGAUGGAAGUUCUCGUCCAGCUGUCAACUGUCUCAACAUCAACUUUUACGAAGGCCAGAUCACAUCCUUCUUGGGGCACAACGGGGCUGGAAAAACCACCACUAUGUCCAUCCUGACUGGCCUGUUCCCUCCUACAUCUGGCACAGCCUACGUUAAUGGAAGUGACAUUCGGACUGACAUGGACACCAUCCGCUCCUCCAUGGGGAUGUGCCCUCAGCACAACAUCCUCUUCAAACAUCUCACAGUGGCAGAGCACAUCCUGUUCUACUCACUGCUGAAGGGCCGCACUCAGGAGGACGCGGAGCGGGAGGUCGAGGACAUGCUGGUGGACCUCGGGCUGCCUCAAAAGAGGGACGACGAGGCUCAGAACCUCUCAGGCGGCAUGCAGAGGAAACUGUCAGUCGCCAUGGCGUUUGCUGGAGGGUCGAAAGUCGUGAUCCUGGACGAACCAACGUCGGGAGUGGACCCCUAUUCCAGAAGAUCCAUUUGGGACCUCCUACUGAAAUACAGAGCAGGCCGGACAGUCAUCCUGUCUACUCAUCACAUGGACGAAGCCGACCUGCUGAGUGACCGCAUCGCCAUCAUCUCCAAAGGACAACUCCACUGUAGUGGAUCCCCCCUCUUCCUCAAGAACUGUUUUGGAGUCGGUUUCUAUUUGACACUUGUACGCCGGAUGAAGGAUCUCAAGAAGAAGGAGAAUGACUGCGACUGUGCCUCAGACUGCUCCUGUUCCUGCUCCAUCUGUACCGAACACAAAGAUCAGUCUCAGAACCAGUCCCAACAUCUAGACAGAGUUCUGGAUGGGGACAUAGACAGCAUCACGAGCCUCAUCCACCACCACGUCCCUGAAGCCAAGCUCAUCGAGAUGAUUGGCCAGGAGUUGACCUUUCUGCUCCCCAAUAAGGGCUUCAAACAUCGAGCGUAUGCCAGCCUGUUUAGGGAGCUGGAGGAGACGCUUGCUGACAUGGGCCUCAGCAGCUUUGGCAUCUCUGAUACUUCACUGGAGGAGAUCUUUAUAAAGGUCACUGCCGAUGGAGAAGCAGCCAAUAAUGCCACCACUCCUGAACAUAACGGUGUGAAGCAGGCUAACGGCAUUACCCAUGGUGCAUCAGACAGCAGCGCAGGGAAGGGCUCCAGGCAGGUGAAAGGGUUCUCGCUGAUCUUGAAGCAGUUCCACGCGCUGCUGGUGAAGAGGUUUCACCACGCCAUAAGAAGCCAGAAAGACUUCCUGGCACAGAUCGUCCUUCCUGCCAGUUUUGUCCUAAUAGCUCUGAUCUUCACUGUGGUCGUCCCUCCGUUCGGAGAGUAUCCAAGUCUGACCCUGACCCCCUGGAUGUACGGACAACAGUUCACCUUCUUCAGUAACGAGCAACCGUUUGACCCCCUAAUGAAACGCUUCACAGAGCGCUUACUGGGCAGACCGGGCCUGGGGACACGCUGCAUGGAAGGAGAACCACUAGAGAUGCCCUGUAGUAACAGCACAUCAGAGUGGCAGUAUCCGGACGCCUCUCCUGUGGCCAGCAACAUCUUACAGAGUCCAGAGUGGAACCAGAGAAACCCGUCUCCUUCCUGCCUGUGCAGCACCAGCAAGAAGCUCACCAUGAUGCCCAUCUGUCCCGUAGGAGCCGGAGGCCUGCCCCCUCGCCAACGACUCGAGGCCACGGGAGACACGAUGCUGGACAUGACGGACAGGAACAUUUCUGACUACCUGAUUAAAACUUACCCCGAUCUCAUCAGGACCAGUUUGAAGAGCAAAUACUGGGUGAAUGAACAAAGAUAUGGAGGUCUGUCGUUCGGAGGACAGCUUCCCAUCCUGGACGUCGACCCCAAAGACAUCCAGAACGUCUUUCAUCAGCUGGGACGAAUGCUCAACAUCACAGCGGGUUACUAUUCUGGACUUGCACUGAGGGAGAUCGGUCCUUUCUUACACUUCAUGGAAAGUGAAUUCAACAUUAAGGUAUGGUAUAAUAACAAGGGCUGGCACGCCAUGGUGGCCUUCAUGAACGUGGCAAAUAACGCCAUUCUGCGGGCUUUCCUACCUCCGUCCGCUAAACCUGUCGACUUUGGCAUCACCGCCAUCAACCACCCUCUCAACCUCACCAAAGAGCAGCUUUCCGAGGUCACAGUAUUGACCACUUCAGUCGACGCCGUGGUGGCGAUCUGUGUUAUUUUCGCCAUGUCCUUCAUCCCCGCCAGCUUCGUCCUCUACCUCAUCCAGGAGCGUGUGACGAAGGCCAAGCACCUGCAGUUUGUCAGCGGGGUCAGCCCCUUAGUGUACUGGGUGGCCAACUUCUUCUGGGACAUGAUUAACUAUUCUCUCAGCGCUGCAUUGGUCGUUGGCAUUUUCAUGGCUUUUGAUAAAAAGUGUUACACAUCACCGUCCAACCUGCCAGCUCUAAUAGCUCUGCUUCUGCUCUACGGGUGGUCGGUGACGCCCAUGAUGUACCCCAUGUCCUACAUGUUCAACAUCCCCAGCACUGCGUAUGUGUCUCUGUCCUGCAUCAACCUGUUCAUAGGCAUCAACAGCAGCGCCGUCACCUUCAUCCUGGAGCUUUUUGAGAACAAUCAGUCUUUGCUGCUGUUCAAUGAGUGGCUGAAGAAAGGCCUGCUGCUGCUCCCUCACUUCUGCUUGGGGCGGGGACUCAUCGACAUGGCCAUGAACCAAGCUGUGACUGAUGUGUACGCCAGAUUCGGUGAAGAGUACACGCAGGAUCCUUUCCGCUGGGACUUUGUGGGGAAGAAUAUGGCUUUCAUGGCAGUGGAAGGCUUUGUCUACUUCAUUCUCAACCUUCUGAUCCAGUACCGGUUCUUCUUGGACCACUGGUUAUCAGACUACAAGCAGGCUUCAGUACGAGGCGAGGACGAUGACGUGGCAGCAGAGAGGCAGAGAAUGUAUGAUGGAGCGAGCAAGACCGACGUCCUGCAGAUCAGAGACCUCUCGAAGACGUACGUGGGCAGGAAGAGGGCAGCUGUGGACAGGAUUUGUGUGGGUGUCCCUGCAGGAGAGUGCUUUGGUCUUUUGGGAGUUAAUGGAGCUGGAAAGACGUCGACCUUCAAAAUGCUGACGGGUGACACUGAUGUCAGCUCCGGGGAGGCUACUGUGGCUGGUUACAGCAUCCUGACAGAGAUUUUAGACGUGCACCAGAACAUGGGCUACUGCCCUCAGUUUGAUGCCAUCGAUGAGCUCCUCACCGGCAGGGAGCAUCUGUACCUGUACGCUCGUCUCAGAGGGGUGCCUGAGUCAGAGAUUCCCAGAGUGGCAGAGUGGGGCAUCCAGAAGCUCGGCCUGACAGAGUAUGCCGGCCGCUGCGCAGGGACCUACAGUGGAGGCAACAAGCGCAAACUCUCCACAGCGAUCGCAAUGAUUGGUUGCCCAGCGCUGGUGCUGCUGGACGAACCCACGACGGGGAUGGACCCCCACUCUCGACGCUUCCUGUGGAACGCCAUCAUGAGUGUCAUCCAGGACGGCAGGGCCGUGGUGCUAACAUCACACAGUAUGGAGGAGUGUGAGGCCCUCUGCACUCGACUGGCCAUCAUGGUCAAUGGGACCUUCAAGUGUCUGGGUACCAUCCAGCAUCUUAAGUACAAAUUUGGUGACGGCUACGUAGUGACCAUGAAAAUUAAGGCAGCUAAAGCGGGCUUGUCCCCAGAUUUGGAGCCCGUCGAGAGCUUCAUGGAGAGCAGCUUCCCCGGCUGCGUUCAGAGGGAGAAGCACUACAACACGCUGCAGUACGAGAUCGCCUCGUCCUCUCUGGCCAGGAUAUUCCAGCUGGUGGUGGCCAAUAAAGAAAGGCUCAGCAUCGAAGACUACUCUGUUUCCCAGACAACACUGGACCAGGUGUUUGUUAACUUUGCCAAGCAGCAGACCGGAGAGGACGACGACACCACGUUACACAAACGGACAGCAGGCGGAAGAAAAGACAUCAAGAUCUCUCCAGUGCCGAGGAAAACAUGAAAUAUCGUCACUUGUAAAUGUACCGAAACACAGAAAGGUACUCUUGCAGGGCAGCGAUAUAACUUUCCACAUUCUACAAUUUCAAAAAGGCACUUUUAAUAUUUCUCUAGCCAAACUGCUUUUUUAGAGUCGAGACGAGAGUAGCCAGUUAACCUGCCAAAGUGACCGAUAGAACGGUUAAUUUUCCCAGCCACGGACCAUAUUUACAAGAUAAUCUUCCACAAUAUUAUGGCUGACACAUGACUUCACAUCGUGUGUGUUAACAGCACAAACUAACGACAGCUUCAUCUGAAACAUGGAAAAUAAUAUGUUUGCUUAGAUUGACUUGGCUUGUACAAAUGUGUACAUAUUCUAUGUGUAAUGAAUACUUAAGCACCUUAGAAGCAGUCUUUUGUUUUAUGUUUACAUGAACACACACACCUCAAAUGUCUUUAAUGUCGGUUGUUCAUUUUUUUCCAAAACAUAUUUACAAUCUCUUCUUUUCCAGUCCUUCUUGUACAUUUCAGUAUUUCUUUGUCUGCCCUGUUUUUCUCCAGUGUCAGUACAAAAUAGCAAGAAAUAUUCCUCUUGAAGGAUUCAAUUUGAGGCGGGGGAGGGGUGGGGUAAUUAGAUAAAUAUCGCUGUAGAUGAAGAGGAAUUAUAUUUUGUAUCUGACCAAAUAAAACUUGCUUUAUACUUUUACGCUCCGUGCGCUCUCCACUAGCUGAUUUGUACUUCACCCUCAAUCCCAAAUAAAA